AUGAUACGCAGUGGUCAUCAGUGUUUAACUCACUUUCAACUAUCAAAACUGAAACGACAAUCGUUCAGUAUACAUCAGCGUGCUCAGUAUUCGAAUUCAAUGAAGACGAACAAUAAUCCACGAGUUCAACGUCAGGAAUGUCAAUCGAUAUUACCAGCAGAAUGUUGUCGAAAUGAUCAGUUGACAGCACUGCUGAGUUUAGCUGAUCGCAAAAAAUUAGAAAGGCUAAUCCAAGAUGAAACAUUUCCAGACAAUAUUUUUGCAAUCAAUACUCAAUCUCGACCAUCCAUAGAAGAUGAUGUUGAAAGAAAAGAGUCGGUACUGCCUUCCGACAGCCAUCUAGAAACAACAACUGUACAUAGAUCAAAUGCGAGUCGUUACAAACAACUUCUUGAUCAAUCCCGUAAAUUAGAUAAGAAAAACGGCGUCACUCAUGAUUCACAAAUCAAUGAAAGUCUAAUCGACCCGAAAAUCAAUGAAAAUGUUCCUGUUCAAAAUUUCCUCGCCUUUCUUCACUCUCUUGAUGAUUCAAAUACACUUGACGAAAACAUCUUAACAUCUCUUUUCUCUGUUGAUAAUUAUCUAUCAGCAUCGAUCUAUCUUCCAACAAGUAUUCAUCUAUUCAAUCCUGUAUCGAAAACGAUUCUUGAUUCUUUAAACAAUCAAGACAUACUCAAGAAAAUCGAAAACGAAGUUUCGUCAGAUAAAUUAAAACCUCUUCGAAAUGAACAAUCCGUUGCCACUAAUGAUUCACAAUAUACCGAUCAAGAUAAUGAAUUAAAUUCAAAACUGUGCAACACCUAUGCACUUAAAGUAUUCAAAGAAUUUCUUUUACAUCGGCAUCAAUCCAGACGAUUACCCAAAUUAUUUCAUGACAUCGAUCAAUGGCAGAAGAAAGUGACGUAA